UGUUGGCUGUGUUUGUCACCGCCGGCGAUGGAGCUGCCGGAGUGCCCGGUGUGUCUUCAAUCCUAUGACGACCGUGACGCAGUUCCUCGGGUUCUAUCGUGUGGGCAUUCGGUUUGCGAAGCUUGUCUCGUGGAGCUUCCGCAGCGAUACCCUAACACCAUUCGGUGCCCCGCGUGUACUCAACUCGUCAAAUAUCCUUCACAACAAGGUCCUUCUUCUCUUCCCAAGAACAUCGACCUCCUCAGACUCUGUCUCCAACACUCCCCUUCUUCUCAUCAGUCGCGGAAACCCAAUCAACGAACGGUCAACGCUGACUAUGAUCGUUCUCCGUUCUGGUCCCAUGAAUUUUACACUGCUUGGAAGGAUUGGAUUCUUCCGCACGACGCCGUUUUGAUCGACGAGCAUGGUUUUGGCCAGUUUUGUUCAAGUUCUUCGUGUAAGGGUAGGGUUUGCUUCGGAGUUAACCGUAGAGUGAGUCUUGUUCCCGUUGUUUGUUUCCCUCCUGGGAAUUGUUCGAAGUUUAAGUUUAGUUAUGUUGCGUGGGUUAUCAAGUGUUUGGAGGGGAUGAACGAGGAUGCGAGGGGGGAGUUAGCUUUGAUUAUUGAAGCUUCCGUGAGGCAGGGUAGGGUGUGUAGCGUUUAUGGGUUGUGGAGUGAAGGGGUGGAUGGGAAUCUGUAUUUGGUGUGUGAGAGGCACCGUUGUAGUCUUUUGGACAAGUUUGAUCAAUUGAGAAAUGGGUUUGUUGGGGUGAAUGGGGAUGGUUCGGAAUUGGAUAGAGGUGGGAUUUUUAGUUUUGCGAUGAUUGGUUUGGGUGUAUGUGAAUCUGUGCUUGCUUUGAACUUGGAAGGUUUGUUUGCUGGAUAUUUGGGACUUUCUUGUUUCUCUUUGGAUGAGCUUGGUGGCAUUUGUGUUGAUUUGAGUGAGGCAUUGAUAAGGGGGAGGAAGUUUGUGGAGGCUAUUUCGGAUGAAGACAAAGAAGAAGCGAUAUGUAAGGUGGAAAAUGAGGUUUUCAUGAGCCCAGAGGUCUUGUGCAAGUUAUUGCACAAGGAGGCUAUUACUCCGGAUAGUGGGCAUUCAAGAUAUGGAAUUGGGUAUGGCUCAGAUGUAUGGUCAUUGGCUUGUGUACUGCUGCAGCUUCUUAUUGGAAAUGCGCUGCCUCGGAAUACCUUGGAAAUGAAUGAAGAGAAUGGCUUUGAUGUCUUAGCUAAUUACAUUUGUUGGGUGGAGAAAGUUAGUUCUGUUUUGGAAGAGAAACUACGGUCUGAAUAUCAAUCACUGAGGCAGACUCUUUGCAAAUGUUUGAACAUCAAUCCAGGAAGUCGUCCAGAUGUGGUGGAUGUAAGGAAAUGCAUUCAGGAUAUGUUAGUCAAACCUGAGUUUGAUUUUCUGGACAACUUGGAGGUCACAUUAAGUGGAAACAAGAAAGGUUGCUGCUUGGUUCUUGGAGAGUUAUGUCAGUUGCCUAAGGAAAGUUCUAAGAAAUCAAGAGACCAUGAGUUGCAGGAGAAAGAAGAUGGUGCUCAACCAGAUUUUGUUCAAUACAGCAAAGACAAACCUGAUGAAGACUUUGUUGCUGGCCUAUCUGAGGGAAUAACUGAACUUAAAGAUCUGAGAGGCCAUCUUGAUUGUAUCAGUGGAUUGGCUGUCGGGGGCGGAUAUCUAUUUAGCUCGUCAUUCGAUAAAACUGUCCAUGUAUGGUCCUUGCAGGACUUUUCUCACUUACACACAUUUAGAGGUCAUGAGAAUAAAGUGAUGGCUCUAGUUUAUGUAGACAAUGAAGAACCAUUGUGCAUAAGUGGUGACAGUGGAGGGGGCAUAUUUAUAUGGGGAAUUGUUACCCCUCUCAGGCAAGAUCCUUUGAGGAAAUGGUAUGAGAAGAAGGAUUGGCGCUUCAGUGGUAUCCAUUCCUUGGCUGUUUCCAGAAAUCUGUGUCUCUACACUGGAAGUGGAGAUAGAACAAUAAAAGCUUGGUCAUUAAAGGAUGGAACUUUGAUAUGCACAAUGACUGGCCAUAGAUCUGUAGUUUCCACACUUGCAAUUUGUGAUGAGGUUCUUUACAGCGGUAGUUGGGAUGGUACAGUUCGGUUGUGGAGUCUUAAUGAUCAUAGUCCAUUGACAUUUCUGGGGGAAGAUAUGCUGGGAGAGAUGAAGUCUAUCCUGGCUAUAACUGUUGAUAGGCACUUUCUUGUUGCAGGAUAUGAGAAUGGAUGCAUAAAGGUCUGGAGAAACGAUGUGUUCAUGAAUUCCAAAACAUUGCAUAAUGGGGCCAUUUUUGCUCUGAGUAUGCAGGGAAAUUGCCUUUAUACGGGAGGUUGGGACAAAAAUGUUAAUAUACAGGAAUUAUCUGGAGAUGAGUUUGAACUGGAUGUCAAAGCAUUUGGAUCCAUUCCAUGUAGUUCUGUUGUAACAGCUAUAUUAUGCAGCCAAGGAAAACUGUAUGUUGGAUAUGCUGACAAGUCCAUCAAGGAAAAUGUUGGUCGCGUUCAAAAGCGUUUCAGCGACUUCGCGAGCUUGAACUACUGGGUUGUUCGCGACUACUACCGUCUUGUGAACUCCGUCAAUGCCUUCGAGCCGCACAUUCAGGUGCUUUCCGACGAACAGUUGGCCGCGAAAACCCCCGAGUUUCGCCGCCGGCUCGCGCGUGGGGAUACACUUGCCGAUAUUCAAGCUGAGGCGUUCGCUGUUGUUCGUGAAGCUGCUCGAAGGAAGCUUGGAAUGCGCCAUUUUGAUGUUCAGAUUAUUGGUGGAGCAGUGCUGCAUGAUGGUUCCAUUGCUGAGAUGAAAACGGGGGAGGGGAAAACAUUGGUUUCCACACUAGCAGCGUACCUUAAUGCCCUUACCUCUGAGGGUGUCCAUGUUGUAACUGUCAAUGAUUAUUUAGCUCAACGUGAUGCUGAAUGGAUGGGACGUGUACAUCGUUUCUUGGGUCUUUCUGUUGGUCUUGUUCAGAGAGGAAUGGAUGCGGAAGAACGAAGAUUCAACUACGGAUGUGACAUAACAUAUACCAAUAAUUCAGAGCUUGGCUUUGAUUACUUGAGAGAUAAUCUUGCUGGAAAUAGUGAACAGCUUGUAAUGAGAUGGCCAAAGCCCUUUCAUUUUGCAAUUGUUGAUGAAGUGGAUUCUGUCCUGAUAGAUGAAGGAAGAAAUCCUUUGUUAAUCAGUGGUGAGGCUAGUAAAGACGCUGCACGAUAUCCUGUUGCUGCAAAAGUGGCUGAACUGCUUAUACGGGGCAUUCAUUACAAAGUGGAGCUGAAGGAUAAUUCAGUGGAGUUAACUGAGGAAGGAAUUGCUCUUGCCGAAAUGGCUCUUGAAACUAAAGACCUUUGGGAUGAAAACGAUCCUUGGGCUAGAUUUGUGAUGAACGCUUUAAAAGCUAAAGAAUUCUACCGACGAGAUGUGCAAUACAUUGUCCGAGAUGGAAAGGCUUUGAUUAUCAACGAGCUGACAGGAAGAGUUGAAGAGAAAAGAAGAUGGUCUGAGGGGAUUCAUCAGGCUGUGGAGGCAAAGGAAGGUUUGAAGAUUCAGGCAGAUUCUGUUGUUGUGGCACAGAUCACCUACCAGUCAUUAUUCAAGCUCUAUCCAAAGUUGUCAGGAAUGACUGGAACUGCCAAAACAGAAGAGAAAGAGUUCUUAAAAAUGUUCCAGAUGCCAGUCAUUGAAGUGCCCACAAAUCUUCCUAAUAUUCGUAAAGAUUUGCCUAUUCAAGCUUUUGCUACUGCUCGUGGGAAAUGGGAGCAAGUUCGCCGAGAAGUUGAAUAUAUGUUUAGACAAGGUCGCCCUGUCUUAGUUGGGACAACUAGUGUAGAAAAUUCGGAACUUUUGUCUGGUCUGCUUAGGGAAUGGAAUAUUCCUCAUAAUGUUCUGAAUGCACGACCCAAGUAUGCUGCAAGAGAAGCUGAAAUUGUUGCCCAGGCAGGACGGAAACAUGCCAUUACCAUCUCUACAAAUAUGGCAGGCAGGGGCACAGAUAUAAUCCUUGGAGGAAAUCCAAAAAUGCUUGCGAGAGAAAUUAUAGAGGAUAGCUUACUUUCAUUUUUGACACAAGAGGAUCCAAAUGUUGAACUUGCUGAUGAGGCUAUUUCUCAAAAGGUGCUUCCAAAGAUAAAGGUUGGAUCAUCGUCACUGGCCUUAUUGGCUAAGACAGCCUUAAUGGCCAAAUAUGUAUCCAAAAGUGAGGGUAAUAGUUGGACAUACCAGAAGGCUAAAUCUUUUAUCUUGGAGGCUGUUGAAAUGAGUCUUUCUUAUACUUUCAAGGAGCUGGAUAAGCUUGCUAAUGAAGAAUCUGACAUCUACCCUCUUGGUCCAUCAGUAGCACUUGCUUAUCUGUCAGUUUUAAAGGAUUGUGAGGAACACUGUAUGCAUGAAGGUUCUGAGGUAAAAAGGCUUGGGGGUCUUCAUGUGAUCGGUACAUCUUUGCACGAGUCCCGGAGAAUAGAUAAUCAGCUCCGUGGCCGAGCAGGAAGACAAGGGGAUCCAGGAUCAACGCGAUUUAUGGUCAGCUUGCAGGAUGAGAUGUUUCAAAAAUUCAAUUUUGAUACCGAAUGGGCAGUGAGACUUAUCUCAAAGAUUACAAAUGAUGAGGAUCUGCCAAUUGAGGGUGAUGCCAUUGUAAAGCAGCUUUUGGCACUGCAAAUCAAUGCUGAAAAGUUCUUCUUUGGUAUAAGAAAGAACCUUGUUGAGUUUGAUGAAGUAUUGGAGGUACAACGAAAGCAUGUUUAUGAUCUAAGGCAGUUGAUCUUAACAGGAGAUGAUGAAAGCUGUUCCCAACAUAUAUUCCAGUACAUGCAAGCAGUGGUGGAUGAGAUUGUCUUCAGUAAUAUUGAUCCACUUAAGCAUCCAUGUAGCUGGGGUUUGAGUAAGCUAUUGAAAGAGUUUAUGACUGUUGGUGGAAAGCUGUUGCAUGAAUCUUUUGGAGGAAUCAGUGACGACACUUUACUAAAUUCACUUGGGCUACUUAAUGAUGUGAGUUCAGUUGAUGUUGUCAACUUUUCCCUCACGAAUUUGCCACCUCCUCCAAAUGCCUUCAGGGGAAUUCGGAGGAAGAGCUCUUCAUUAAGACGAUGGCUUGCUAUUUGCUCUGAUGAUGUAAUUGGGAAUGGGAAGUAUCGAACAACUUCUAAUCUUCUGCGCAAGUAUCUUGGGGAUUUUCUAAUUGCUUCAUAUUUAAAUGUUGUUGAAGAGUCUGGUUAUGAUGAUAGACAUGUAAAGGACAUUGAGAGAGCUGUUCUUUUGAAAACUCUUGAUUGUUUCUGGAGAGAUCAUCUUGUAAACAUGAAUAGGCUCAGCUCUGCGGUGAACGUUAGGAGCUUUGGCCAUAGAAAUCCCCUUGAAGAGUAUAAAAUUGAUGGUUGUCGGUUUUUUAUCUCAAUGCUCAGUGCAACUCGAAGGUUAACUGUAGAAGCACUGCUGAAGUAUUGGACAUCUCCAAUGGAAUCCCAGGAACUAUUUUUAUGAUAGAAGUAGAUAAUUCAAGCAAAUUCUGCAAAGCCAAUUUUUUGCACAAUGUUAUUGGUGUUUCAAUUGGUCGAUCGGUUUGCAUGAUGUAGAUACCAUACCAAGGUUGGGGGUCAAUACCAUUUCCCUUCUGCAGAACAGCCUUAGGUGCACAGGGUUCCUUCAUCUCCCAGUUCCUUUUUUCUGGUUUGUGGAAUUUGCUUGGGAUAUACAUGGACAUAGUCACUAUGAUUUGUUGUCCUGAGUGUGCAUGCCCAUGCACCAUAUCAAGGUAAAUGCGUGACAAAAAAUUGUACUAUCUGCUUUGAUUGAGGCCUGGAGAAUGGUUUUAAAUUUUCUUUUUCCUCCCUCAUUUCAAGCAGCCAUGGUAGGGCAAUCGGAGGAGCCGUUCCUAUUCGUGCUAGUGGUUUUACUUAGAUUACAUGAUUUUUGUUUAUUAAAAUGAGGGUUGCAUGGUGAUGGUGCCUUGACGAGGUUUAGCAAGAGUCCUGCCUAACACGAGAAGCAAAUGCCCUUCCUGUCAAUAUUUGUUCUGAAAACAAUACGAGGCCAAUUAAUAUGUGCAACAUCAAGCAUAAUCAAUUUUCUUUGGCAUUGGUCAGUUGAGGACCGCAACUGAAAAUUAGUUGAUCAUGUUUUCUCGUGAUUAAUUGUAAUUUUAUCCAUUUGUUAGUUUUGUAAGAAAAAAAAAUACAGAAUGUAAUUGUAAAAUAUGAAAUGUGUAUAAUAUAUAUAAUGAUUUGCAUUUGAAGGUUGUUAAUUUUUCUCUUC